AAUAGCAGCGCAAUCAUGAGGUAAACUAUUUUGUAAAACGCUGAUAUUUAAUUUAGCCUAAAAGUUACAUGUGUGAAAUCAUAUAUAAAUUAAAUGGACAGAAAUAGUCAAUAUAGCUUAUAUUUAAUUGACCUAAAGCAGGCACCGAGAAAGACACCUCGUUUCCCAGAAUGCUUUGUCGCCGCUGCAGGAGUGUCUGAAUAUUGUGCUUGUCUGUUUUUAUAUUUAUGUAGCUAGCUGUAUAUUUAUUUAUUUAUUAAUCAAGUGUUAACGGAAACAACAAAGCGAGAAUAAAGAAGACGGUAUUGUUGUUUGGAUCUCUGCAAUGCCUCUCUUUACAUCAAAUCCAUUCGACCAAGAUGUUGAAAAAGCUACCAGUGAGAUGAACACAGCUGAGGACUGGGGCCUGAUCCUGGAUAUUUGUGAUAAAGUAGGACAGUCACGCACAGGGCCCAAAGAAUGCCUUCGGUCAGUGAUGAGGAGAGUGAACCAUAAGGACCCACAUGUUGCUAUGCAGGCGCUGACACUUCUUGGGGCAUGUGUAUCAAACUGUGGUAAAAUUUUUCAUCUAGAAGUUUGCUCCAGAGAUUUUGCAAGUGAAGUCAGCAAUGUCUUGAAUAAGGGUCACCCGAAAGUGUGUGAGAAGUUGAAAGCACUAAUGGUGGAAUGGGCAGAGGAGUUCCGGAAUGAUCCCCAGCUCAGCCUGAUCUCAGCCAUGAUUAAGAACCUGAAAGAGCAGGGCGUGGCCUUCCCCACGGCGGGAUCCCAGGCAGCAGAACAGGCUAAGGCAAGCCCUGCUUUAGUAGCUAAAGACCCCUCUAUCACAGUAAACAAAAAGGAAGAGGAGGACUUGGCUAAAGCCAUUGAGCUGUCCCUGAAGGAGCAGAGGACCCCCCAGGCCCCCCUCUCCUCCCUCUACCCCAGCACCUCAGGCCUGGUCUCCAACCACAAGCCCGAGGGCAGGAAGGUGCGGGCCAUCUACGACUUCGAAGCUGCUGAAGACAACGAGCUGACGUUCAAAUCGGGAGAGAUCAUCACCAUCCUGGAUGACAGUGACCCCAACUGGUGGAAAGGGGAAACGUAUCAAGGAGUGGGCCUGUUCCCCUCUAACUUUGUGACCGCAGACCUCACGGCGGAGCCUGAGAUGAUGAAAACGGAGAAGAAAACGGUGCAGUUCAGCGACGAGGUGCAGGUGGAGACCAUCGAACCCGAACCAGAACCCGUGUACAUCGAUGAGGAAAAAAUGGACCAGUUGUUGCAGAUGAUCCAAAGUGCCGACCCCACAGACAAUCAGCCAGACGCCACCGAACUCCUUCAGCUGGAGGGUGCCUGCAAUCAGAUGGGUCCCCUUAUCGACCAGAAACUAGAAGAUAUUGACAGGAAACACUCGGAGCUGUCGGAUCUGAACGUGAAGGUGAUGGAGGCGCUCUCUCUGUACGCCAAGCUGAUGAACGAGGACCCCGUGUACGCCAUGUACACCAAGCUGCAGAGCCAGCAGUACUACGUGCAGCAGCCUCCCUCCGGCUCCCAGCAGGUUUACCCAGGCCAGGCCCCUGUGAUGGGGUCCCUGCCACAGGGUUACAGCAUGCCCCCUGAGCAGCUGCCCUCACUCAACCAGACGGGACUGCCCCCAAGUCCUGGCCCCGCCCCCACAAUGGCUGGCCAGCCUGCACCCAGCAUGAUGGUGAAUUCGGCCCCAGGUGGCGCGUACCCCACCCAGCCCGCCAUGUACAGCCCCCCGCCGGGCACCACGGACCCCGCAUACCUGGGGUCCAUGAACGGAGCGGGCGGGACGGGCCAGAUGCCCAACUACACGGCAGCUUCUCAGAACAUGGCGCCCGCUGCUGAGGGCCAGCAGCCCCUGUACUCCCAGAAGGCUCUGCUGUAGGACUUCCCCAGGGACCCUCAAUCCAGGAAACCCUCCCUCACCAGAAACGUGCACUGGAUUGUCAGCGCCCUCCUUCUCCAGCAGGGGGCAGUGAAGUGAAGCACGGGAUGGGAUGCACACCGGUGUACAGCACACGGCUGGUCUCUAAUGGAAAGGGGUGACGUUAGCAGUUUUGUUUUUUGUUUUUUGUUAAGGAACACUAUUUAGUGGAAGGAUGCUGACUACACUAGGCUAUGUCAUUGUGUAACCGUUGCAAGAUUUUAAGAUUACUAAAGACUCGUUGCCAGUUGCGGUAUGGCUGAAUAAAAAAAUCCAUGCAUAUAUUGUAUAUAUAACAGAAUUUCUUUUUUUUUUUUUGUCUAUGGCAGGCUCAUCUUGUUGGCCUUCCUGUUCUCAUUAGCAUCUCUUUACUCAGUGUUAAUUUGAUUUACAUUUCAGUAUAUUUGAAUGAGAUAUAGAUAUGUUUUUUGUAGUGUAUUUUAAUUUAUAUUUGAUUUUUAUUAUCAUUAUUAUGAAAUAUUCAUUUUAAUGCACAACACAGUCAGGAAUUUUCUGAGGAUUGAAAAAUAAAUCAUGUCUACAUAAUAUUCUGCCUAAUCCAGUUAUAGAAUACUUUUCAUACAAAAAAGAAACCUCAUUUUCAAAAUCUGUGUUGCCACCAGAAAUUGUACGUUGGAUAGACUUGACUAAUAAGUUUUUAUGGGCCAUUAACAAAGACUGUUGAUAUGAGUUUUUCUCCGUUGUUCUUUUUUUUUUUUCUAUUUUUCUUUUAAACAAAUCGUGGGACCAGGGAUUCACAGUUUUGCACUUUUGUUGAACUUCCAGGCUGCAGCACAUUAGUCACUCGGAAUGAUUCAGGAAAACACUUAUGAAUUAAGGGUUCCCCUCCCUUAUCGUGGAGCUGCACGGAUGUUCUCCUCGACUGAACAGUGUUAAAGACUUCCCCCUGAGGCCUGCGCUUACCGUGUGUGACAGUCUGCGGGUCAUCCCGUUAGCUGCAGGGUCCACAUUACUGUACAUUGGCAUUGUGCAGAGCUCUCUUGCCUGGCCGUUCACCUCUUUACCUCUCCAGCACGCUGACUCAGCGAGGCCGUGCUGCCGAUGAGAAGGAGUAAAGCCAGUCUGUGAGCUCCACAUUGCACUGCCCUCGGCUGGGAGUCCAGCCCAGGGCCUGCAAACGAGGCGUGGAGCCAGUUUUCUCCGGUUACCACCCUUCCCACCUUUGACCUGGGAGCUGUAAACAGGGCCUCUUAUACAGUCCUUAUGGUUUAAGUAUUAAACGUUAAUGGCCCUUAAGCAUAGUGAAGCUGUUGGAACCGUGCCCAACUGUUAUCAUGUGUGCAUUUAUGGCAAAUGCAUCAUUAGUGUGCAUUUACUGUGCGGUAAGACCACAUCCGAUGCGAGUUACGGCUGUGUUUGAGUUGAAGAAAAUCUGAACUUGUGGCUCAAGCUAAAAUGUUGAAUUUCUGCAUCAAAAUUGCGGUUUCUGGUGCCGCGUUCCUUGCUAACAGCCUAUAAUGACUUGAGACUGACUUUUUUAAAACUUGAUUUAGAAAUGGCAGGAUACAUUUGAAUAUUACACUACGAAAACCAUCCUGAGAUGUCAUGGGAAGAGAUGGGAGAUAUUGUUGUACACAGUGACUACAUACUAUGGAGUGAGUACUCUUGAUACAAGAAGCAUAUUACACAGUGAUCGCAUAAUGUGGAAACGGUGUCCAUGAUAGUUUUCAGAAGCUAGUUCUACUCAAGCUUAGAGUGAUUCUUCCGGUUCGGUCUGUGCGCCCUGUGUACGGCCGGGCAAUGCUGAACACUUUCAACUUUUUUGUUUCACCGGUGCUCCUUGUGAUCGAACACUUUAGGAUAUACAAUAUAUAAAUAUGUAUGUAUACAGUACACUUUUAUUAUCUAUUUAAAAUUAUUGUUCAUGUGACAAAGGGAAUCCUUUAUUGUAGCUGGUUCUCGAUUAGGCUUCUGUUUCAGCCUUGUCUGUUUAGGUACUGAGGCCUGGUGGGGUUAAUGUGAUGAUCGUUUUUUCUUGCGACCAAGCAAUAGUACAUGUAUGUAAAAAAAAAAAGAAUAAAAAAAACCCACUGAAUCUCCAAUCCGAGUUCUUUCUGCAUGUAUGUACUUUGUAGCAGAGUGUCUCACUGGACACUACCGUAUACAAAUAAAAAAGAAUAUUUAAACAAAAAAAGAAAAGUCAAAAGCAACAGUUGGAUGUUGCGUGCUUUCUUUUUGUACAAGUGAUAUUUAUACAGUAUGUAUGUAAUGUCUUAUUCAGAAAUUCCCCUCCGUACACAAUUCAUCUCUUUAUUUUUCUCUGACUAUGGAAGGUUAAUUAUCUUGCACUAUGUUUCUCUCUUUAAAAAAAAAAACCCAAACUGAAAGCAUUGAUUGAUAGAUCUUAUGUUAAGAGUUGAAUUUGGAACAUGGUCAUUUGCCUGAAUCAUGUAUUGGGCUUCAAUAAAAUAAAUAGAUAUGCACAUUGAA